UUUCUCCUUAUACACUCAUCUCUCUUCCUCACCUUGGUGCGCAGCGCCUGGGCCGGGCUAGCUCUCUCUUUCUCGCCUCGCCUCCCAGGGACGCUGCAGGCCGCAGCCCCAAGCCCCUGGUACCUGGAGCAGCAUCGCAACCAUGGCAAGAAGCUUCGACAUGAGCACCAUCGCAACCAUGGCCAGAUUCUGGUGGUCGCUCCUACUCCUGUGGCUCUGCUGCCUUCUUCUCUCUCCGGUGGACUCGUCGCCGGUUGCCAUCACGCACCUGCCUGGCUUCGACGGGCCCCUCCCAUUCUCCCUGGAAACCGGGUAUGUGGAGGUGGACGAAAGCAAUGGCGUGCACCUUUUCUACUACUUCGUCGAGUCGGAGAAGGACCCCACCAGAGACCCGCUGGUGCUGUGGAUGCAGGGUGGACCCGGCUGCUCCAGCCUCUCGGGCAUUCUCUACGAGAUGGGGCCCUUCCGGUUUGACGUCCAAGGGUACAGAGGUGGACUCCCUACUUUGCUGUACCGACCGGAGACAUGGACCAAGGUCAGCAAUAUAAUCUUUAUUGAUAGUCCUAUUGGCUCUGGGUUCUCAUACGCCACGUCGGAAGAAGGGUUUAAAUCUAGUGAUAGCAAGGCGGUUAAAAUGCUAGUCGUUUUCCUCAAAAAGUGGUUGCAUGAGCACCCCCAGUUCCUCUCAAACCCACUUUAUAUUGGUGGUGAAUCAUAUUGUGGUAUGAUCGUACCCACUCUUGCCCUGGAAAUCCACAUAUCAAACAAGGAAUCUGGGGAAGAAUCACUUCUUAACCUCAAGGGGUACUUUGCUGGGAAUCCAGUGACUGACGACAGGUUUGACAGAGCUGGUACAAUCCAAUUUUUUCAUGGCAUGGGAAUGCUGUCGGAUGAACUUUAUGAGUUUGCCAAGGAGAGUUGUGGAGGAAACUACAGUGAUCCACCCAAUGCGUUAUGUGCCGAGUCCAUUCAAGCUAUUGACAAUUGCACAAAAGAUAUCAACUUGUCCCACAUCCUGGAGCCCUCAUGCGAGUUGAUAUGGAGCCCCGGGAUUCAGCAGGCAACAGCAAGCAAUGAAACAAGUGGGCUCAGGGUGGAGUACUUGGUUGGUGAUGAUCUCCUGUUUCCCUUCAAGUGUAGAAGCGAUACCUACCAGCUAUCUUAUGUAUGGGCAAAUGAUGAAGGCGUAAGGGAGAGUCUUGGCAUUCGCCAGGGAACUAAGGCGGAAUGGAAAAGAUGUGUUAGCGACAUACCGUACACUAGAGAUAUCACAAGUACAGUAGAGAUUCAUUCGAGGCUACGUAGAGAAGGAUAUCCAGCGCUGAUAUACAAUGGCGACCAUGAUAAGGAGUUUUCCUUCGUUGGCACUCAAGCAUGGAUAAGAUCUCUUAACCUGCCUAUCACAGAUGACUGGAGACCAUGGUAUGUUGAUGGCCAGGUUGCAGGAUUCACAAGAAGUUACUCCACUAACCUAACGUAUGCAACUGUGAAGGGUGCUGGGCAUACUGCUCCAGAGUACAAGCCCAAGGAGUGCCUCGUGAUGUUCGCCAAGUGGCUUUCCGGUGACCCUCUGUGAAGAAAGGAUGACCUUUGUUUGGAUGAGUGUGUGUCAGUGCCUGUUUGUCGCAUCUAACUAAAUUUGAAAUAAGCAAGGUUCCUAAAUAGAACCAAACAUUGUUCCCCUGCUUGGAUGUAUACCCCAUGCACAAUUUGAAUACAUUAUGUUAUGUUGUUUUGCUUUUUAAA